UAUUUUUCACUUUUUGCAGUCCAAACCAUCAUACUCUCUGUCUCUUCAAUUUUCUGAUCUUCCUCAGAACCCCAAUUGGGUAUUUUCUGCCCUUCAAUUCUUGAAAUCCCUAAUUUAAUCAGUUGGGUUUUCUUGAUUCGAAUUGGAUUCUUGUUUUGUUCUUUUUGGGGUUUUUGAUUAUCUGAUCCGAAGGUGGAGUAGGUUUCUGAAGACGCAUGAGUGGGUUGAUUAUCCAAGCUCUUACUGAGAUUGAAUUCGAUCCAAUUGUCGGUUAAUUUUACGGAUUUUAGUAUUGUUUUUGGUCGUUAAAUCUCCGCUGCCAUAUGGCGUCUAGGGACAGGAGUGAUCGCCAACUGCAAAGAGCUCUUUGCUAUUCCACCUCAGGGAGGAGGCCCACUGGCUCACCGUCUGUUAUUGUCAUCGGUGCUGGAUUUGCUGGCAUUGCAGCAGCCCGAGCUCUUCAUGAUGCCUCAUUUCAGGUUAUCUUGUUGGAAUCACGUGAUAGAAUCGGUGGAAGAGUGCACACUGAUUAUUCAUUUGGUUUUCCAGUUGACUUGGGAGCUUCAUGGUUACACGGUGUUUGCAAGGAGAAUCCUUUGGCGCCUGUUAUCGGAAGACUGGGACUUCCACUUUAUCGUACUAGUGGGGACAACUCAGUUUUAUACGACCAUGACUUGGAAAGUUAUGCCCUUUUUGAUAUGGAUGGGAAUCAAGUUCCUCAGGGCUUAGUCUCAAAGGUUGGCGUAAUAUUUGAGAGCAUCUUGAAAGAGACGGAUCUUGUAAGACAGGAAUUUAGCGAGGACAUGUCCGUACAAGAUGCCAUCUCAAUUGUUUUCGAGAGAAGACCAGAUUUAAGGUUGGAGGGGCUUGGUCAUAAGGUGUUGCAGUGGUACCUUUGCAGAAUGGAAGGCUGGUUUGCUGCAGAUGCUGAUACCAUAUCACUUAAGUGCUGGGACCAGGAAGAGUUGCUUCCUGGUGGACAUGGGCUAAUGGUCCGGGGAUAUAUUCCCGUUAUUAAUACCCUUGCUAAAGGUCUUGACAUCCGCUUGGGCCACAGAGUGACGAAAAUACUUAGACAUCACAACGGAGUGAAGGUAACCGUAGAAGAUGGGAGAACAUUUCUAGCAGAUGCUGUCAUUGUUGCUGUUCCUCUUGGAGUUCUAAAGUCAAAUUGCAUAAAGUUUGAGCCGAGAUUACCUGAGUGGAAGGAAGCGGCCAUUGAUGACCUUGGAGUCGGGAUUGAGAACAAGAUAGUUUUGCACUUCGAGAAGGUCUUUUGGCCAAAUGUAGAGUUCUUGGGAGUUGUCGCAGAGACUUCUUAUGAGUGCAGUUAUUUUCUUAAUCUGCACAAGGCCACCGGUCAUUCGGUCCUUGUUUACAUGCCUGCAGGGAGACUGGCCCGUGACAUUGAGAAAUUGUCGGAUGAAGCAGCAGCUAAUUUUGCUUUUACGCAACUCAAAAGAAUCCUUCCAAAUGCUUUCGCACCGAUCCAGUACCUUGUUUCACAUUGGGGAACGGACAAAAGUUCACUGGGGUCCUACAGCUACGACAGAGUUGGGAAACCCCAUGAUCUAUACGAGAGGCUAAGGAUCCCGGUGGAUAACCUAUUUUUUGCUGGGGAAGCUACAAGUACUGAUUAUCCAGGAUCGGUCCACGGUGCCUACUCCACCGGUCUAAUGGCAGCUGAGGACUGCCGGAUGCGUGUCUUGGAGAGGUAUGGGGAGCUGGAUCUGUUCCAGCCCGUCAUGGGUGAGGACAACCCGUUUUCUGUCCCGCUGUUGAUCUCUCGUAUGUAACUUCCUGGAUAGUAACUCAUUGUAAAGCAGUAGCUUUCGCUCUGUGGCAAGUUAUGAUCAGAGAAGCACCAGUUAUGUGAUUUGUGUCUUCUGGAAAUAAGUUAGAUUACCUUAGACUCUGUUUGAAAUUAAGGAUUUCAAAUUCAUGAUAAUACUUUGUUUGGCUAAUAACAACAUUACAAGGGAUCUUAAAUUCGUAGUUUGAACUAUUUUUGGUGAUAUUGUAAUGAGUUUCAAAUCCCUUCACCAUUGAGAUAUUUGAAUUCCUUU